CCAUGAAACUUUACACUCAUUAACAUACCAAGUGUUUAGAGACAGAGUAACGAUAAACCAGCCCCACUGGCACAUAGAGAAAUACUUAUUAUUAUUAAGUUACAGGAGACGCUGGAUACUAUAAACACAUCAUAUAAUGGCGGCAGAGUUUGACGAGGAGACGUUACACGAGCUCUACACAUGGGUGGACAAAAUUCCUCUUUCUAGACCCAAAAAGAAUAUCACUAGGGAUUUCAGUGAUGGAGGUUUGUAUCUGUGUGUGUGUUACUUUGUAUACUUUAUGUCAUAGAAUCAGAGAACACUGACAGCCACGCUUGGAAUAAGGUUAAAAAUUGUAGGGAAACUAUGUGUGGGUCAAAAUAAUAAUAAUAAAAUAAUAGUUACUGUAAUAUUGCUUUUAAUAAUUCCCUUUAUAAAUGCAAAGAAAACAGUGACUUUAAAAUAGUGAGCAUCAUUUUAGCACCGUUUAUAAAGGCACUGCAUUAAAAAGAGUGUACUUUUCAUUACAGCGCUGAGUACACUACCGUGUCCCCUUAAACCUCACUGACAGUGCCCCCCUAAACCUCACUGACAGUGCCCCCAUAAACCUCACUGACAGUGCCCCCUUAAACUUCACUGACAGUGCCUCCCUAAUCCUCACUGACUGUGACAGUGCCCCAUAGCCUCACUGACAGUGCCCCCCUGACAAUUGCCCCAUAGACCUCACUGAAUGUACCCCCUAAACCUCACUGACGAAUUGCCCCAUAGCUCUAACUUGGUACAGUGCCCCCCUAAACGUCCCCCGUAGACGUCACUGAUAGUGCCCCCCUAAACCACACUGACAGUGCCCCCAUAGAACCCACUGACAGUGCCCCCCUAAACCCCACUGACAGUGCCCCCAUAGCUCUCACUGACAGUACAGCCAUAAACCUCACUGACAGUGCCCUCAUAGACCCCACUGAUAGUGCCCUUAUAAACCUCACUGACAGUGCCCCCCUAAACCCCACUGAUAGUGCCCCCAUAGACAUCACUGAUAGUGCCCCCCUAAACCUCACUGACAGUGCCCCCCUAAACCCCACUGAUAGUGCCCCCGUAGACGUCACUGAUAGUGCCCCCCUAAACCACACUGACAGUGCCCCCAUAGAACCCACUGAUAGUGCCCCCUAAACCCCACUGACGCUGGACAUGCUGGGCACAGUAUACUUAAUUCCUAAAUAACACCGUCAGGAUUAUUCACUGAAGUGUUAAUUGUCAGUAGUAAAAUAAUUCAAACUGAAUUUUAGAAUUUGGGCUUAAAUAGCGGCUUAUGAAAAAAAUUGAAAUUUGUCUUUUUUCCAAUACACGAUUUUGGCCUAACAUUGUGUGUGCACUCUGAAUUCCCUACAAAUCACACUUUGGUUAAAACCGUGCCAGAGAAUAAACGUGUCACUAGGAAACGUUCUCUUCUUCUCCCGGUAAACAACGAUUAGCAUCUCAUUUUACAUAAUCAUUCACACUGCGUUAAAAUAUGAUCAGAAUGUAUAUUCACGCAAAUCAACCUUUAUAUAACCUUCAUAUUCAUUUCUGCAGAAAAAGGGAAGUAGAAGAAAUCAAAUACCAAACAAAAAACAGGUGUGCAAUGAGAAUGCACUUAGUGUCCUGAGGGCUAAUAUGUUUGAGGAGUAUAUUAUGCAAAGGGUAGUUGUUACUGGGAAAAGCCUUCCAGUGGGUGUGGUAAUAACAACAGACAUUGAGAUUUAGCUACUAAACACCAACUUGUCGUCAACUGAAAAAGCUGUUACUAUCAGAAAUGGAGUAUUUCUCAAAAUCAUCACUUGACUCUAAAUGUUAUAAUUUGUUUUUCAAUUUACUUCAAUUUGUUAUAUAGUAAAUAGACCUCUAACUGACUUAUAACAUAUAUAAACCCACUCACAAGAAGCUAAUUGGUAUAAUUAAUAAUUGGAUCAUAGUAUACCCCCCCUUCCCCCUUCCUCCUUCCCCCUUCCCAAGGCUUUUGAGGGCUCUGUGAAUGCUCUGUCAUGCUGUGCAGGCCGCUGUGAUGGUGGUUGGGGGAUAUAUGAUGUCACCAAAAAGCCUUUUGCUUUAACCAUCCUAAGUCAAACAUUUUCAUCCCUCCCCUGAAUCCAGGUAGAUGGAUUUAAAGCCUUUCAAUUCAUAUUAAUGGACCCAGACCACUUAAUCUCGUUGAAUGGUGCAGAGAACCUGUCGUAUUAACCUUCGGAUUUAAAACAUUGCAGUUUUUUUUUUUUUUUAGAAACUGCAAUGCUUUUCGUUGCAGGGUUAAAGAGACACUCAUCUUCAGAUCUUCGAAAUGAAGUUGGUGCAAGGAGGUCCCCAGGCCUUUUCUAACCUGAAGAGGUUAAACCGCUUUCAAAUGGUUUAACUCCAAAGGUUGGAUCCAUUGUCAGAUCUCCAAACUUUCCAGCGACAUCGAGCUUCUGAAAUUCAGGAAGUGCUGACUGCCACUGGCAGGGGCAAUGGAUCUUUUCAGCACUGGAGACUGUUAGGUUAAGCGUUUAAUUCACACAUUUUUAAUGCAAACAAGGGAGGACUUAUAUCUGAAUGUGGACAGGGACACUAUAGCAUUUUUAAUACAAGUUUGUAUCUGCAACGCUAUAGUGUUCCUUAACUCAUAUAAUGACCGCUUUCUCUCUGCACAAUGCAGUUUCAGCUUUGUAGUAUCAGUAAUUAACCUCACAUGCCCCAGGACAUCCCAGAGUCCUCCCCAGCUAAAAUGCAGAUAUGUUAACUGCCCACUUGUGUUAUUAAGUAUUUAUUAAGGUUCUGCUGGCAAUGAGCUCGUCACACAAUGCACACAGAUACAGUUACACCCAGAUAAUUAACAGAACACGAAUAACAGAUCCUGUCUGACUGUCUGACUGAGCUUGCAAUCAGAUUAGCAAGAACCACUGGAGGCUCAUCCAGAGAGGCACUUGGGUCAAGCCCCACCAGUUUUUAUGUGGGGAAAAAUUAUUUGCAGUAGCUUUGAAAAAUAAAGAUUAUUUUCUGGACCAGAGGGUGGUAAACCAAAAAAAUCUGGGGAAAAAAUUAGUGUUUCUUUAAUUCUGUAAUAGUUUUCAGUCCUGCAGGGCCAGGGCCAUAUUAAGAGUCAAUUGGGCUGGUGCUGACAAUUAUGAUGGGCCUAAUUAUAGACUCGUAUCAACAGAAAACACUAAAACAGUUAUUCCUCCCAAGCGUCAUGUAUCUGGUGGAGAUGGUGCUGGAGGGAAACUCACAGGAUAUAGCUAUCAGAAAACACAUACCCUAAGCUAAUUUCUCACUUUCAUCUUUUAAGGAAAUCCAUACCCCCUAACAGCAGUGAAUCCAUACCCCCUAUCAGCAGUGAAUCCAUACCCUCUAACAGCAGUGUCCGGUGAAGCAGGAUUUCGGUGGCCGGGCCACUAACUCGAAUCACCCAAAUGGGCAAACAUGCCUAAAACAAUCUUCCUGAGGAAUUAGGGCAGCCUGGCGUGAAUGCACAUCAUGCUGCCUUGCCAAUCAUGCAGGUUGGCCACCUAAGGACAUACUAUACAGACAGCACCCUGAGCUUGGCAUUAAUGCGUCUAAUGAUGCGCUAGCUCUAGGCUUUCUUAGCACUGUCUCCUAGCACUCACUGGUCCACUCCUCUCCUAACUUCCUUACUAGAGAGAAUCUUCUGUUAUACAGUCUGGGACAGAGAACAUGUAGGUAGUGAGUGUAGAAGAAAGGGAACAUGCCACCAAGUUAGAGAGACUGAGAGACUGAAGCAGCAAGAGUAUUUGCAUAGUCCACACAAGUUUUGUUUUCCUACAUAGACAUGUGAAAUGUAGUGUAAAAAAUAAAAUUACAAAUUUACCCCACUCCCUCUAGCAUGUACGCUCCUUGAGCAGGGCCCUCAACCCCUCUGUUCCUAUGUGUCCAACAUGUCUAGUUACAACUACAUGUUUGUUCGUCCACCAACUGUAAAGCGCUACGGAAUUUCAUGACGCUAUAUAAAUAAUAACAUAACAUUUUUAGCGAUGGACCUAUUCCAUGGGAAUGGAGCUGGAGCUGCAGCUCCAUCAGCCCCUAUGUAAAUCCAGCCCUGUGCAGGGCCCCUCCCCCCUCAUUGGUAGCUGUUUGGAGGAGCUUUUCUGACAGAUUCUAGGCACGUCAAUGGGUCUGUUUUGAAAACUGCCCAGUUUCAGCAGGUUUUGCAGGAUACACUAAUAUGCCCAACACACAGAACCUUAGAACGGCCGGAUUUAACGUAUAAAAAGAAAAGGCUGAGGUCAAGAAUACAGAUAUUAUAAACGGUAUGAAAGCCAAAGAUCAAGGAAUAUAGAAGUCAGAAUGGUCAGGAGCCAAGCCAAAGGUCAAGUGCUCGGAAUAGUUAGUAGGAAAGCCAAGGUCAAAAACCACGACAGGGCACAGAGAAAUGAAGGAAAAAGGUUUAAAUAGCCUAAGGUGCUCCUUGAUUGGCUGCAAGGGAGCACGUGACAGUGAACGUUUGUGAGUGUGAAGUCACACACACGCUCCCAUAGUUAGGCACUCACAGGGUUAAGUAAGAACCUUAAAAGGUUCUUACUUUCAGCGGCCGGUGUCUCUAAUGAUUACAGACCCGGCCGCUGUGUGAGGGGAGGAGUGCCUGUCAGAGGACAGCAGGCAUCGUAGGAAGAGGUAAGUGAUCGGCGGCAUUCCCAUUACCACGUGGGAAUGCAGCCGCAACGAGAUGUGCCUGCUGGGUCCCAGUCCGCUCCCGGGCAGGAGAGGCCUCGGCGGGCGCUUUGAGACAGGGUGAGUAUUCGGCGGCAUUCCCCUUGCGGUGUGUGAAUGCAACCACUACGAGAUGCGCUCGCUGGUACCCAUACCGCUCUCUGGCAGGAGCGGGCCGGCAGGCGGCAUGACACCUAGUCUCCUUUAAGAAGGCAUUUCAGGAAUUUCCAUUGAGUUGCCAUUUAAGCAGCAGGGCCAGCUACCCAUAAGUGGUGGCAUGCGAUUGGCCUCUCGAUUCAGGGUCCAUCAUAUGGCUGAUAGCACCAGGGUUCGCACUGCCCCCAGGAGAGAGAAGCAAGAAGCCAUCUUGGAAGCAGUACAGAGAGAGCACAGCAGCAGCUCCUGUCAGAUGUAAGUGUAUAAUAUUAUCUUGUUCUCUGCCCCAAUAGACCCAGUGACUGCCUGAUGGCUGAUUAAGCAAGGGACGUUACUCAAACAAAUGUGUGUAUAUAUAUAUAUAAAGCCAGGGGUGGCUAGGGGAGGGGGAUUUCACACCAAGCACUGUGCUGCCUGUCACUAGUAGUUUUAAUAACACCCACUGCACAUACCCACCAUCUCAGUGCUCAGUCACUCUACAGCUGAGACCCAAGAUACUCAUGCUGUGGCUAGUUAAAAUUGUGUGAAGCUUCAAACUGCAGGACUGGGGCUGUGACUCUGAGGACUAAUCUGAUUGUUGUGCCCCACUUAUUUUAUUGUAUGAGUAUCUCUGUUUUAUGCUCAGCUCUCUGUAUUGUGUGAGUGUCACGAAACCGGGGAAUGCUGCUGAAUACUUACCUUUCCUACAGACGCCCGGGAGCGGACUGAGACACGGCGGCACUCCUCGGUCUGGCGGCAUUUCCAAGUGGUAAUGGGAAUGCCGCCAAUCAUUCACCUGAACUGGAUGGUAGCUCCUCCUCCUCACCCAGCGGCCGGGUCUGCAAUCAUUAGAGACGCCGGCCGCUGCAGCUUUGAAGAUUUUAAGGGUUUUACAAUGUAAUCCUUAAAAUGCCAUAUCAGUUUUAAUCUUGUAGGUGUAUCACAUACACGCCCAUGAUCACAUGCUUCCCUGCAGCCAAUCAUGGAGCCCCUUAAACUAUAUAAACCUGUUUUGUCCAUUUCUCUGUGCCCUGUCGUGGUUUCCAUUGUGGUUAUCCGAGAGUGCGUUCCUUGUAUUGAUUCUUGUGUAUUGACCUUGGCUUCCCUUUUGACUAUUCUGAUAUCUCCAUUCCUUGACUUGUGGCUUGUCCAUUGUUUAUGUUAUUUCUACGUCUUGUCUUUAUCCUGUCUUGUGUUUUUUUUCCUUUAUACGUUAAAUCCGGACAUUCUAAGGCCCGGUAAUACCUCUUAGGAAUUUUCUUCAUAUCUACUUAAGUUCUGCUUGUUGGGCAUCAACAGUAAUCCUGACAUUGAAUAUCCCUACUGUAUAGGGAGAAGUAAAAUCCGAGGGUGGAGUCUGGCUCAACACUAAGUUAAAACUUCACCAGCCGCCACUGAUAACAACAUGGAACAACACUGGAGCAUGGUGCAAAACAGGGAGGCACAUCCUCCAAGUUUCCAUGGUAACUGCUUUUUGUUUCGCCACUUGCCCAACUUCUAUAUAGUCUUUUAUCCCUUAAAAUCAGUCUCCAGAGAAGUGGCAUGGGUGAAGUACAGCUUCCAGGCUUCCUGAGACACAGACUCCCUGCAGGGUCGGAUUACAUGGCAGGGGUAUGUACGCACAACAUUCUAAGGCACCCUCUGCUCACAAACCCCCCAAAAGGGAGAUAAAGUGAGUAUAAUGGAUUUAUUACUUGGGCAUUGCAGGCCUAAACCAUCUAAAAACAUAUUCAUAUUUCACUACUCCGUAUGUACAAAUGUCUGUAUGUGCAUAUUUCUUCUCUGCUUGUAAUGUAUUGUGUGUGAAUCUGUGAGUACAUGGAGUGUAUGUACAGUGUAAAUGCAACGCAGGGUUAAAGAUAAAGUUAGACAUGGAUAGAGUUAAAGUUAAAGAGGGGUUAACAUUAGAGUUAAAUUACAUGGGGUGUCUAGUGUUUUAAGAUGAUUAACAGCUUAGAUGGGGUUAAAGUUGUAGUAUAAAGGCUAUGUAGGAUUAUUGGGAUAAGUGUUAGAAUGGGGUACAUGAGGUGUUUAGUAAAACCUAAGGGGUUUAUUUUCAGGUUAAGGCUUUGAGUGCUGGAGUUUGAAGGGUUAUUGGUAAAGUGUUCUAUACCGCAGUCAGUUUCAUAUUAGAGUUGCAGGAGCUGUUAUACAGUGUGCAUCGCUCAGAGCUCCCCUGCUCCCCCAGCAAGGCAUUUCCGGUAUGAGAGGCUGUUAGUGGGCAGAUGGGAAGUGAUCCCUUCCACUUACUGUCCAGCCUCUCACACAGACACUGGAGGAUCUGGGACAAAGAGGUUUUAAACCUCUAGCUCUGAUAUUAAAAGAACACUAUAGUGUCAUAUAUUCCUGACAUUAUAGUGGUAAAAUGGCUAUUUAGGUCACCGGCCCACUAUCUUGACUUUUGAAAGGUGGGUUUUCUUACCUUUUUUCCAGCGUCUGCCAUCUUGCCACGGCUGGACCCACCUCUGAUCUCUGCCAAUCCAAUGUUUCCUAUAGGAAAGCAUUGGGAGGCUAUUGCACCUGUGCGUCUAAAUGCUGCACUGAGCCAAUCAGCAUCUCUUCCUCAUUGAAUCAAUGCAUCUCUAUGGGGAACGUUCAGUGUCGCUAUACUGUGCAUGAAGACACUAAACUUCAGUGCUGCACAUUGUGCAGCACUGACCCAGGAAGCACCUCUAGUGGCUGUCUGAGUGAAGGCCACUAGAGGUGUUACUAGACAGUAAUGUUUUCUCUGUAAAGCCUUUGUGUUUAUUAAAAAGCCUGCAGGGACAGGCUAUAGACACCAGAACAGCUACAUUAAGAUGAAGUUGUUCUGUUGACUAUAGUGUCCCUUUAAGGCUAUAUGGACUACAAGGGACACUGUCCAAGGUUCCUGGUACUUAUCUCCCUCCACCACCCCUUAUAGAUCAGGUGCCUACUCUGCCAAAUGGGAAAUCUGGCCCUGAGUACCACAGGGUUUCAAGUCACACCUCAUAACGUCAAAAACAAAAACUGUGACACCUGCACAAUGCACAUCAUUAUUUUAGGUAAGCUGCUGCCACCUGCUGGUCAACACGUGCCCCUGCAGUGGCACCAUUUCAUCACUAGGUCUCAAUCAAAUGACAAAACGACACAAAAUUAUUAAACACUGACUGGGUUAUUCACUACAGUGAGAACUCAAAUUGAGUUUCAAAUUUAGGGACAGAAAAUAAUUAUAAAAUUCUCCAAGUCAGCUAUCGUUUCCAUUCGACUUCUCUGGUCUUAAAUUUGAAAUUCACUUUGAAUUCUCACUUUAGUAAAUAACUGUGACAGACAGCAACAGAAAAGUAAUAUUUCUUUCAUGUAAAUGAGAGCUUCUCUCACUGCAUUAAUGUUUCAGUGUAUAUUCUACAAUACACAUUUUACUGUAUCUCCUGUAUUAAGUAGGGAUGGGCAAAAAAUUUGGUUCGGUUCGGAAAUUCGGGUAAGUAAAAAAAUUUGGCACUUCGGCAAUUCGGUUCAGCACUUCUGAAAUUCGGCACUUCGGCACUUCCGAAAUUCAGUUCGGCACUUCCAAAAUGCGGAACUUCGGCAAUUCGAAACUUUGGCAGUUCGGGACUUCAGAAUUCAGAACAUCUGUAGGUCUCCCUAACCCUACCCCUAACCACCACAACCACUUACACAUCUAUAGGGCUUCCAGUGCCCGGACUGCCACCACAACCAUUUACACAUCUGUAGUGCUCUCAGUGCCAGUAUUGCCACCAUAACCACUUAUACAUUUAUAGAGCUCCCAGGGCAAGAAAUUAUCUUAUUGGUCAAGAAUACUGUAAUCAUUCAUGUAAUUUUCCCUCCCUCGUUUAUUUUGACACUUUUCAGAAAUCCGAAGCACAUUUUCGGCACUUCCGAAAUUCGGCACUUCGGCAAUUCAAAUGUCGGACUUGCCCGAAAUUUCGUCUGAAUUUACAUUUCGAACGAAACGAAUUGCACAUGUCUAGUAUUAAGGCUGACUGGACUACAGAGACCACUGGCCAUGACUCCCGGUACUUAUCUCUCCCCUCCAGUGUAUUUAAUCUCAAAAAGGCACAUUAUAAUUGCAGUAAACAGAUGCCCCCAAGUGGUCAGACCUCUGUAGGCAGGUGCCUACACUGCCUGAUGGGGAAUCCGGCCCUGGCUUCAGUGCACCAAUCUUUUUUUGAUUAAAAUCAACCUUAUAUUCCUUUCAAUUUCUCUUGGCAGAGCACUGUAUGAGGUAGCCACAGAGCUUUUUCUAACCCGGCACUGCAUGUGUUUGUGCUUGGGCUGGUGGCCCACAAUCCCAAUACCCUCCAGGGCCAGACUGGCCAAUACGAUAUUUUGAGAGACUGCAGUAUUGGGGGUCAACGGGCGUCAGCCGAGUGAUGGGAAGCCGAACUGAUCACGUAGAUACGCACAGAAUUCUGUGAAUCCUCCCUCAUGAUGCACAGGUCAUACUGAUGGAGACUGCAGAGAUAUAUGAUGUGGCGGCCACCCCAAGAGAAGAGGGGUUUCCAACAGAGAUGUCCUUUCCUCUUAGUGUGAGUAGUGCUGUAGCAUUCCCAAGUAGUUAUCCAAGUGGCAAAAAAAAGCAGGUAAAGCUGGUAUAGCUCUUUCAUACAAUCACGAGACGAGGCUCUGUGUUGAGGGUGAAGUGAACUGGUUUUAAUGGGACCACACACUGCCUUUUAUGUGAACCCCCAUUUAAGGGGUCUACAAUAACACAUUCCAGGGGCAUUCCCCACUGGAUCUGAGAGGGGAGAGACACAAAGUACACAACAUAAUUAUAUUAACUCCUAGGUCCAGGACAUGCAUAGGUGUAAUCCUCCAAAACACCCAUUUAAAAGUGAGGUACCCCCUCAAGUAGUAUAUCCCCAGAUAGCCUGGAUCUGUGCACCCAACAUAUCUGAAAAGCACUCAGAUCCCACGAACGUAGCCAAAUCGCCACCGGGGUAUAGUUUAAACUGACUGCACAUGAGGCGCUUGUCCAAAAGAGUUCCAUGAAUUCAGCCUGUGCGGUCGGUCUCUUUCAGGAGUACGAAAUAUAACAAUAUAUGCGAAUAAACUGUUCGUGCGUAUGCUCACACCAUGUAUCUUGUUCAGGAGUAUGCUCCCACCGAACGCCGCUCCUUUUAGACGAAUGGAAACGGACACAGGUGGAAGUGGAAGUUCCGGUGGUGUUUGCACCGUCGAGUGUCUGAUAAUAGUUCCAUACACUCGAUGACCAAACACAGCUGGGUGCGUACGAAAACCAAGAUGGCCACUGCCUCGUGUUCGUCCAUCCAAACGACGGCCACCCAGCCGACCACUUAGAAUGUUGAAGUGAUUGUGGUUUUGUGAAAGUGUUAGUGAGGUCAAGUGGGUUAACGAGCAGCACACGGCUGUUCUGGGUGGUCCAUGUGUUCGGUACUUUAUUCGGUAUACAAAUCAAAUGGGGCAAUCUGUUCGGUGAGGUCCAUAUACCGAUUCAGUUAAUGAAAAACAGUAAUUUAGGAAUAAGGGAUCUGUUACAUAUGAUGUCACAUGUUGCGCCUCCAGCAGCCAUCUGUCAAUCUCAGAUAGUAAAGUGUCAGGAGGACCAUUCAUACUGGGAUCUGAGAAAUUUGUACACAAAAAAAGCUAUUGGUUUGUACCUGAGCUCUAACUAACUGUAAGGAUCAGUUACCAUCAAAAAAACUAUUACUAUUCAGAACGAGGUAUCAGUAUUCAGAAAGAACAGCCACUAUUCAGAAACGUCUGUCAGUAAUCGGACACUAAGAAGUCUUCGUUAUUAUCAAGAGCUAUCACAAACGACACAGAGCUUACACUAUUAAUAAGAGCUAUCACUAUCAAUAAUGACAAGCAAUAUACCUAGUGAAGACAAGUAUUUUAUUAAAACAUCUUAUGAUUUUGUCUGGGCAAAGGAUAAUACCAUGUUCCUCGGUAUUAAAAUACCAAGAAACAUAAAAAAAGUCAUAGAGGUUCAUUUUGUCCCCCUCAUAAAAUACACAAACAAGAUCUUAAAAGAAUGGGUUAGUAGGGAGAUUUCCUGGAUAGGGCGUAUAAAUACUACCCGUUCAUACAUUUUGCCCAAAUGGAACUCUCUCUUUAGAAUGCUACCAAUACAAGUCCCAAUUCCGUGGUUAAAAAUCAUACAGUCAGCUUUCUCUAAAUUCAUUUGGAAGGGGAAAAAACCCAGAAUAGGUUUUAAUUUGUUAUUUAAGAAAAAAAAAGACAGGUAUCUCGCUGCCCCAAAUAUAAUAGAAUAUCACAAUGCCUGCAUGUUGGCACAUGCUGUUAAUACUUUAAGGACAGAUCAAAAAGAUCAAGCUUGGUACCAAAUAGAGCAAUCACUAGUAGAGACAGACAGUCUGUCCGCCCUAUUUUGGGCAACAAGAAAGGAGAAAAACAAGAGCAAACCAGAUUGUCCAGGAAAUUGGAUUAUUAUUGAUAGUAUUCUGAGACACUGGAAUAAAAUCAAGAAAGACUUUAAUAUAGAAUACAGACAGUUUCCAUUCUUACCCAUGGUGGUGAUUAAGGGGAAUAUUGAGGAUGUUAAUACAGGGAGUGCAGAAUUAUUAGGCAAGUUGUAUUUUUGAGGAUUCAUUUUAUUAUUGAACAACAACCAUGUUCUCAAUGAACCCAAAAAACUCAUUAAUAUCAAAGCUGAAUAUUUUUGGAAGUAGUUUUAGUUUGUUUUUAGUUAUAGCUAUGUUAGGGGGAUAUCUGUGUGUGCAGGUGACUAUUACUGUGCAUAAUUAUUAGGCAACUUAACAAAAACAAAUAUAUACCCAUUUCAAUUAUUUAUUAUUACCAGUGAAACCAAUAUAACAUCUCAACAUUCACAAAUAUACAUUUCUGACAUUCAAAAACAAAACAAAAACAAAUCAGUGACCAAUAUAGCCACCUUUCUUUGCAAGGACACUCAAAAGCCUGCCAUCCAUGGAUUCUGUCAGUGUUUUGAUCUGUUCACCAUCAACAUUGCGUGCAGCAGCAACCACAGCCUCCCAGACACUGUUCAGAGAGGUGUACUAUUUUCCCUCCUUGUAAAUCUCACAUUUGAUGAUGGACCACAGGUUCUCAAUGGGGUUCAGAUCAGGUGAACAAGGAGGCCAUGUCAUUAGAUUUUCUUCUUUUAUACCCUUUCUUGCCAGCCACGCUGUGGAGUACUUGGACGCGUGUGAUGGAGCAUUGUCCUGCAUGAAAAUCAUGUUUUUCUUGAAGGAUGCAGACUUCUUCCUGUACCACUGCUUGAAGAAGGUGUCUUCCAGGAACUGGCAGUAGGACUGGGAGUUGAGCUUGACUCCAUCCUCAACCCGAAAAGGCCCCACAAGCUCAUCUUUGAUGAUACCAGCCCAAACCAGUACUCCACCUCCACCUUGCUGGCGUCUGAGUCGGACUGGAGCUCUCUGCCCUUUACCAAUCCAGCCACGGGCCCAUCCAUCUGGCCCAUCAAGACUCACUCUCAUUUCAUCAGUCCAUAAAACCUUAGAAAAAUCAGUCUUGAGAUAUUUCUUGGCCCAGUCUUGACGUUUCAGCUUGUGUGUCUUGUUCAGUGGUGGUCGUCUUUCAGCCUUUCUUACCUUGGCCAUGUCUCUGAGUAUUGCACACCUUGUGCUUUUGGGCACUCCAGUGAUGUUGCAGCUCUGAAAUAUGGCCAAACUGGUGGCAAGUGGCAUCGUGGCAGCUGCACGCUUGACUUUUCUCAGUUCAUGGGCAGUUAUUUUGCGCCUUGGUUUUUCCACACGCUUCUUGCGACCCUGUUGACUAUUUUGAAUGAAACGCUUGAUUGUUUGAUGAUCACGCUUCAGAAGCUUUGCAAUUUUAAGAGUGCUGCAUCCCUCUGCAAGAUAUCUCACUAUUUUUGACUUUUCUGAGCCUGUCAAGUCCUUCUUUUGACCCAUUUUGCCAAAGGAAAGGAAGUUGCCUAAUAAUUAUGCACACCUGAUAUAGGGUGUUGAUGUCAUUAGACCACACCCCUUCUCAUUACAGAGAUGCACAUCACCUAAUAUGCUUAAUUUGUAGUAGGCUUUCGAGCCUAUACAGCUUGGAGUAAGACAACAUGCAUAAAGAGGAUGAUGUGGUCAAAAUACUCAUUUGCCUAAUAAUUCUGCACUCCCUGUAUCAGCGGAUGGCCACAGAAGGGAAUUAAGACUAUCCAAGAGAUUAUAGCUAGAAAGGAAAUCAAGCCAUUCAACCAGCUACAAAUAGAGUUCGGGAUUGAUAACAAGGAGAUAUUUACAUACUUAAGAAUUAAGUUCUAUUUGGCGAAAUUCUUGGAUUUCCAGGUCGAUAAAAUCCUAAGUAAUCUUAAAAAGAUUCUGGAAACUCACAGAAUUAAAAGCCUUAUUACUAGAUGUUACGAGUUUUUAAAGGACUCUCAGAAGUCCCAUGUCUGGUAAUCUAAGACUAAGUGGGAAAAAGAUCUACAUAUUGAAAUGACUGAGCAAGAUAUGAUAAGCGCGAUAGUUAAAGUCAAUAAAUCGGUACAUUGCCUGAAUAUAGUAGAGAAUUUUUAUAAACUCCAUAAACAGAUGGUACAUGGUCCCUGAAAAAUUGGCUAAAAUUUAUAAAGAUCAGAAUCAUGUUUGUUGGAGAUGUGAUGAUGGGAAAGGAGACUAUCUCCACGUAUGGUGUCAAUGUAAAUCUCUAAGUAAUCUAUGGAAGAAUAUCUAUGAACAGAUUUAUAAUACCUGCCAGAUAUAUAUACCUUUCACACCACAGAGCUUUUUGUUACAUCAGGGAUGGCCCUCUGUGCCUAAUGAAAAAAGCAUGUUAAUAAUACACAUUUUAAUGGCAGCUAUGAUAGUUCUAGCUAGGCAUUGGAAAAGCAAUAAAGUGUUAGAGUGGGCUGAAAUUAAAAAACAAUUAAUAUACCAAUGUAAAAUGGAAAUCUGAAUAAUUCAAGGGAACUCUGUUGGUUUGACGAAAAUUAGUAGAUGGAAAAAUAUAGUUGACAAGCUGCUGGCUAGCAAUUAAGGUUUAUAAUAUAGAUGGUUUGUGAUGCCCCCGGUGUGUCUGGCCCCCGAGAGAAACUAGCUGCAAAGAUGUGCCCAUUUGGGAAGUAACUGCAUAUAUGGCUAUAAUAACGCCAGCUCCUCGGGACUGCAUGUGUGUCUGAGUGUGAAUGUUGUUUGGUGAUACCUCAAUUUUGCUAUUUAUGUAAAUUACAGACAUUGUAAUCUCACCGCGGUUCCUCUUAGCCUUGAAGUAUAGGGAUUCUAUGUACUUAUAUGUAACGUUACUCGAGGCACUGUCUGUAUAAAUGCACUUUAAAGACAUUUGUCUUAAUGGAGACACAUUUACUGGUACUUGAAUAUUUGUAUUGCUCAUUGAGGUAUUGUACGUAUUUUUGUAAAUUUGUAAAUUGUAAAAGAAAUUUGGAAAAAUAAAAUAUUUAAAUAAAACAAGAGCUAUCACAAACGAUACAAAGCUUACACUAUUAACAAGAGCUAUCACAAACGAUACAAAGCUUACACUAUUAACAAGAGCUAUCACGAACGAUACAAAGCUUACACUAUUAACAAGAGCUAUCAUGAACGAUACAAAGCUUACACUAUUAACAAGAGCUAUCAUGAACGAUACAAAGCUUACACUAUUAACAAGAGCUAUCACGAACGAUACAAAGCUUACACUAUUAACAAGAGCUAUCACAAACGAUACAAAGCUUACACUAUUAACAAGAGCUAUCACAAAUGAUACAAAGCUUACACUAUUAACAAGAGCUAUCAUGAACGACAAAGAGCUUAUACUAAUAACAAGAGUUAUCACUAACGACAGAAAGCUUAUACGAUUAACAAAGAGUUAUUACUAAUAAUAGAAUUUUUUAAUACAUCUCUAUGUAAAAUGUCCUGUUGGACGAGGACUAGUUUCAUUGUUUUGUUUGUUUUCUAUUCUCUAGUGAAUUUUUAUUUGUUUUUGUUAGAUAUAAACUGUCAGAACGUGUACAAUUCCCAGGAAGAGAGAAUUUCUCUAGAAUUCUAUGUAUUUUGAGUCAUUGAGAUAUGUCGGUUGUAAUGACUUCAUGGCUGCGGUAGUAGCAAUUUAGCGAGUAAUGAGUGUAUGUACGAGAUAAUUUUACCAGCUCCAGGCUUCUUGUGGUCUCCAUACACAACAGAACAACCACAUUCAGCUUAGUUGUUCUGAUGACUAUAGUGUCCCUUUAAUGGCGUGCAGCCUUAUGAAUGAUACUGUAAAGUUGAAACAUAUUGAUUUUUUUUGUAGGGUUUGUGUCAGUUAUUAUCAGAGUGUAAGUUCCAUGCUGUUGGACAAUGGAUUAUAGAUACAUUUACAGUCAAUGAAUGAAAUACAAUGUCAUAAGCCUCAGAUAUAACUCUGCAGAACAAGAUGCAGGUCAUUACUAAACAUAACAAUCUCUAACUCAUUCUGUUUCUUCGUUUCCCCAUCCAGUCCUGACUGCAGAAUUGGUGAAAUUUCAUUUCCCUAAACUGGUAGAAAUGCACAAUUAUGUCCCAGCUAAUUCAGCCCAGCAGAAGCUCAGCAACUGGACCACACUGAACAAGUAAGCACUCACGCAUGAUCGCUGUGUAGAAGUCCUGCUCACUCUCUGAAGACAUAGGGUUUCUAGUAAUGUUUCACUUCGUGGACAAUAUAUAAUAUCAAGGGCUCUUGCACCGACUCAGAGCUUCAUUCCUCUAACACAUUUACAUCUCUUAGAUCUGGUUCCCCAAUAUAUUUUAACCUGUGUGUGCACAAUCCUUUCCCAUCCCAUACAACUUUUACAAAUUUUACAAAUAUUGAGUAGAUUUUCUCUGAUAUGAGUGUUAUGUCUUUUGCCACGAAGGGCACUCUAAGCAUGAUCCGCAUUGUCGCGAUAUGGUGUCCGGACCCAGAUAUUUUCUUCAUAUGUUCCGAGAUGUUCGGGGCUGUUCAUACUGAGUAAAUUAGCUACCGGAUUGGCAUGUGAUGUCCUGUGAACAUGCACACACAGUCCUAUUCAGCUAUUCCGCUCACGACUGUGCACACAUGCAACAUGUACCACAAACCUUUGAGAUAUUGUUACAAACAUUUUUAUAAGUGAUGGUGUAUCUCUCUUUUAUUGUAGUACAGGUAUAACUUAUACAAUUUUUUUAAUAUAAUUGUCAUUUCAUUAACUGACAAACACAGUACCAAUAAAACAAUUAUUUAAAUAUUGUUACAGCAAAGCUGAAAAAAUUAAGAUGAGGUCAAAAGCUGGGUGGAGGGGGGGAGAGGUGUGAGGGGGAAGUUAUGGAGCCAAACAGGAUAUGAAUAAAACAAGCUGAGCAGGGUUCUUGUACCAAAACCACUGGAAUAACCCGUAAUGAUGCAAUAAACCUUAAUGAUACAACAAGCACCAAGCAAAUAAUGGUUUGAUAUAAAUAAACUGUAAUAAGACCAUGCGCUUUAAUAAUACUAAAAUCAGUAAUAAUGCAAUAAAGUGUAAUGGUGCGUAAUAAGCGGUAAUACCAUAAACUGUAACACUACAAUAAACUAUAGUGAUUAUGGUGUAAUAUUCCCUCCCGUGAGCGCUCCGUACUGCAAAAAAUCUUAAAAUGAUUAUUGCCAAGUGCAGGAUGCUUGUGGGUAUGAUUUCACCCGGAUAAAAUAGAUUAGAAUAUGAUGUAAAUUUAACAAGAUUUCUAAAAAGCUGCUGCUAAUACCUGCCAUACCGCACAAAAUAACAUUGAUCUAGAUGCCAAAUGUAGACCUGGAAUCCAUUGUUCCCUCCACCUUCUUAACAGAGCGAUGUGCCUUCCAUCAGCCAAUAUCUGAUAGCCUGCACGUAGAAAUGACUUAAUAGGUUAUGUCAUUGAACCACAACACUUUUCUGUCUCCUAGGAAAGUUUUCACUAAACUGAAUUUUUCUGUACCGGAUGACGUGAUUCGUAAAGUUAUCCAGUGCUCCCCGGGGGUGGUGGAGCUUGUUCUUAAUACUUUACGACAGAAGAUCGAGGAAAAGCAGAAACAAAGUCAAACCUCAGGGGAUUCCACCAAGGUAACGCAAACUGCGUUGGAACAGCAAUGGUGUACCCCACAACGCAUUUCACCUUAUUUCCAUGCGCAAUACAGAGAUCACAUAUUUAUUAAUGUAAAUAUCAUUGAUACAAUACAAUGACACUAUAUAAUAAUGCUACCUAUUGUAGCAGCAAAAUUGUCCAUAUAUAAUGUUCAAAAGAAAUAUAUCUUUUAGUUGUACUAGCUGAAGAGUCCAGCAGGGGGUGCUAUGUUCUAGCCAAUCUACACCUGACCACUUACAAGUAGCCUGGCUUACAUUCCUCUUGGGUUAAUACUACAUUAAUGCUAUGGUUCCCAGCACAUAAAUUAAUUCAAAUAAUUCAGAAUUAUUGCAGCAAUAAAUGUUUAUCUGUAUUUUCACUCAGGUGCAGAGUCCACGAGCUGAAGCCAAUAAUCACACCGAAGCAGGUAAAAUAAACAGAGCACAGAAUUCUAUAAAUGAAUAUUGUUAGUUUCAGGUGCGCACAGGUCUAACUGAUAAUUAAAACAAUUGACACAGGGCGCCUAUCUGCACUGCAUGAGUUUGUACUUAGCUACAUAAACAGGAAAUAGCAUUAAAAAAUAAAAUACAAACUUUAGAUAUAUUGUAGCAUGUAUUAAUGUAUUUUAUAUUGCCUUUCAAAAUGGUUCUGUUAUCUCGGGGGUGACAUCCCGUCUUAUGAUACAUAGUAAUUUGUAAUACAAUAAGCCCGGGUGCCUCCUGAGGCUGUAGCUCGUGUCACUCUCGCACAUGUAUAAUAGUACAGCGCUGAGGCCUAUGGGAGAUCCCACAAGGCUGCAUGCCCCUCCAUAGAGCUUGCACAAUGGUGAUGCCUGUUUUGAAGCUCUGCAUUGUGUUAUGUUUUGUCAACUUCAACUUCCUGACUUUGUCUCUUGAAAUUGUUUGACUGUUUUGGAAUGUCAUGGAAAUUCCACUGCAAUCAAUAUAAAUAUUUCAGAUUUUAAGACUUUAAGAAAUGUUUAUUCCCUUUUCCAGUCUCUCCUAAUGAUAUCACUGUUAGUAAGGCAUGCCAAUAAUGCACACUACCCAAAACAGUGUGUGUGGAAGGCAUGGAUGUAUUGAGCGGACAAGAAUCCCUAACAGCCAAUUCCCCCACCCCCGGGGCUGCCCAGGCAAGCAGUAUCCUGAAGUCCUGAAGAAAUCAAAUGCUGGCAGGAAUGCCCUUUGCUGUUAAUGAUGUGCCUGUCCAGAGCUUUCUGGUGACUUGUAACUGUUGUCCUCAGAAGCAAGACACCAGGGAAAUGUCAUGGAACUGCAGAAUAAUAGACCCAAAAUUAGAAGUGUACCUCCCAGGUUGUGAAUCUCAGACGGUAUCCAUAAAGCGUUUUGAAAUGCAUUUAUUUCCUGACAUGUGACCAGGCCCUCACAGUGAAUCUCCUAAAAUAGCCGUGUUCCGUACCGACUAAAAACAGAACCCUAUCCUUGGCUUUUUAGAAUGGCUUCAGUAUGGAACCAAGGACUUCAUGUUAUCUGUGUAUUAGCAAGAUCUCCCUUAGAAAGCAAGGACAUGAAUCACUGUAUUUUGAUUCAAGGAUUCAUACAUCUUCGAUGUUCUUUUACGCAGCAGAUACAUUUAAAAUAUCACCGUCUGCGCAUUCAAAAACUUCACUGCUAUAAAGGUCAAUGCUAAAAUGAUGGCGUGUUUGUAUCAUAGCAGAGUCAUAAAUCUUCUGCAAAAAGAACGUCACGAACAGAAGGAUGGUGUAAAAAGAGGUUAACUUUAGGGAAGAAUUUAACAAUAGGGUAGGCUUAUAAUAUUGGAGGAUUUUCAGGUUGGGGAGUUCUUAGAAGACAUUGGGGUUAUGAUCGAAUUUUGGCGGCAAAUUUCAAUUUAGUUUUUGUCAUAGUCUUUUGACUAAAAAGCUGCUCUAUUCAUAUUUUAGUCAUCAGAAUUUAAUGGGUUUAGAUAAAGCCUCUGUCUGUCUCUUUUGCCCCUUCCCCAGCACUUCUGUGUCUCUUUGUGUCCUCCCAGCCCCGCUAAGUGUCUCUCUACCAAACCCCAGUGUGUUUCUUUGCCCCUUCCACAGUCCGUCUGUUUAGUGUUAAUUUUGGCAUCAAAUUUCUAUUUAGUUUUAGUUAUAGUCUUAUUUUAGUCAUCUGAAUUGUUUUAGUCUAGUUUUAGUCGACUAAAUCUCAAAAAGUUUAGUUGCCUAGAAUUUGACUAAAAUUGUUAGUCGACAAAAGUAACACUGGUUAUGAUAAACGGGGCUUAGGAUAGGUCACCAUAGUUUUAAACACUCCAUAACUGUACAUCCUUAAACCUACAGCUAGGGGGUACAUUUCUUGUUAUUAUUAAACUACCUUCAUUGAAGCUUGGCAGCUAUACAGAAAGCUACACAUACAACUUGCACAGUUUUGUUCUGCUUCUGCAUAGACUGUACAGCUGGUGAUUAUAAAGAUUAAUGAAUCUCAUCAUUCACGUCUGUUUACCACCCAGGUUAUUCAACAAAACAUAAAGCUAAUGGAACAGAGAACAGCCAGCAGCCCGCUGUAAAAAGUGAUCAAGGAAGGUAAUAAACGGAUAGUCAUCAAGCUUCCUUUCUUUACUCUGCUAUCCACAAUCUACUGUUGGAAUUCUGAGGACUUUUCUGAGUUUAUUAAGCUCCGUCAGUUUUAUACAAGAGAUAAACAAUCCAACUUUACGUUUAAUAAUGGCCGGCCUGUCAAUGUGACUCUUAUUUAGUCGGUUAUAAUCCUUUAUUUAUUUUUAAAGCCUAUAGAGAACACAUAGUUUAACAAGGUCUCAUACUGGGUGUCUUGUUUCAUUAUUCCAUAGAAUGUAUGUUUUGGCCAUAUUUGCCAAUCCUGAUAUUGUCUUUGUUCCCCAGUAAACCUCACCAAGGAUAUGCCCAGGCUGCCAAUUCAGAUGUCACAUUCCGCAUACAGCUGGCCGAGAAGGAGCAAGCUUUGAUGGCAUCUCAGGAAAACGUUCAGGUGAGGGGGCCAUGGCACAAUGGACAACUCCGUUAUUAUGGACACAAUGUCUUAUCACAUCACCUAAAUAAUAAGAAUAUUAAUUAUUUAGAAAUGAUUGCUCAAUCCCAGAGCUUAAAUGUUUUUACAGCAGAUGCCCUGGACUUCUUACGAAUGAAUGAAGGUACAGUAUUGCCAAGCGCUAGGUAUCUAUUGCCAGUUUUAGGCCAAUGCAAACAUAGGGUUAUGGUUACUGGAAGAUACUCUUGCCACCAACACUCUGGAGUACUCUAAUUCAAUAAGAUAAAGCUAUAUUAGUUUUAUAUAGCAAAGUGCAAUGAUGACAUUAAACACAACUGUAUUAAAAAUAUACCAGUUUUAAAGGAACACUAUAGGGUCAGGAACACAAACAUGUACUCCUGACCCUAUGUCACGUAUUCUUUGUCUCCAUGUGACAAAAAUGGAGAUAAUUACCUUCCGAAGAUAGAGGGGAGUGCCGCUCGGCGAUCUUCUGCUAUCAUGCCUGGCUUUUGCGGCAUGUCAGUGGACACUGGACGCCGCAGACCCACGCAAUUAUAUAACCCCACAUCCAUCCAUGGUAAAGACGACGUCGACAUGCGUGUGAUGUCACACAAAAGACGAACACGCACGUUUUGGGGUCAAGGGCUAGGUACAGCCAAUCGGAUCUGCAAAAGGGUUAUUCAAACUCUCAUAUUCCCUUAGCUCAUUGCCCUGUCAUGGUUUCCCCUAGAUUGUUUCUAUCACAGUAAAGGAGGAGACUAUAUUUAAAAGAAGAAAAACUACCACAACAAGAGGACAUAGUCUUAAAUUAGAGGGACAAAGGUUUAAAAAUAAUAUCAGGAAGUAUUACUUUACUGAGAGGGUAGUGGAUGCAUGGAAUAGCCUUCCAGCUGAAGUGGUAGAGGUUAACACAGUAAAGGAGUUUAAGCAUGCGUGGGAUAGGCAUAAGGCUAUCCUAACUAUAAGAUAAGACUAGGGACUAAUAAAAGUAUUUAGAAAAUUGGGCAGACUAGAUGGGCUGAAUGGUUCUUAUCUGCCGUCACAAUCUAUGUUUCUAUGGUUAUCUGAGAGUGUGUUCCUGAUCGUGUUUUUCUGGUUAUUGACUUUGGCUUCGUUUUGACUUCCUUCGUUUCUGGUACCCUUGACUUUUGGCUUUUCCUUAUCGCUGUGUAUCGUUCUGUGUCCCUGACCUAAGCUAGUUUUUUUUAACUAUUCUCGGGUACAUUAAGUCCGGCCAUUCUCAGGUCCGGUAAGACGUUACCCUUAGUUGUAGGGUGUGAUACUAUUCUGUGUGCUGGAUCAAUAUAAUCCUGACACCCUAUUGUGUUAAAAACAACAUCCAACCUCCUUCCCCCUUUAAAUAUUGUAAAAUCUUACAUUUAUUCCAGUCUGCUGCUGUUGGCUCUUUCCCUGAUCUGCCUGCUUGACUGACAAUGUCUAAAGUGUUGAUCUGAACCAAUCACAAUGUUUUCACAUAGGAAAGCAUUGGAUUGGCUACGACUCAAGGAGGCAGAUCAGGGGCAGAGCCAGUACAAGCCAAACACAGCCCUGGCCAAUCAGUAUCUCAUUCACUGUCUUCAUGCAGAGGGUGGAGACACGGAUUGUCAGUCACACUGUGCAGCACUUCCCCAGGAAGCACCUCUUGUUAUUCCUCCUGAGAAGUCUUGUUUUUUAAAAGUAGGGACUAUUUUUUUCUUAUGUAUAACUUGUAGAUUGACUAAAUCUGUCAAACGGUGGAUCUUUUGUUAAGUUUGUCAUUGGCCGUCAACUUUAUACUCACCUCCCUUCAGUGCUAUGUCCUGUCUGGCAGCGUUGUGUCAUUCAUUGUUUGUUUUCACUCUCACGCACCCCAGGAAGGCCAGACAAGUGAGUGUCCCUGGGCUUCUGGUUUUGUCCAAAGAACAGCCAAAAAUCCAAAUAAAAAACAAGCAGUCCAGCACUGCCUAGUACUUGUAAAUCCCCUUUAAUGUGUACUCACAGCAGCAAUGUUUCAACCCAGAAGUAGGGUCUUCAUUAGGGAAUUUAUAAAUACUAAAUGCUGGACACUCUGUUUUGUUUUGUGGCCCUUUUCCUUUUGCUUACUGUCCUAAAAAGCUAUCUCACUGGUACGUGCCCUAACUACAGUGUCUGUAGCGCCAGUAAAACCACGGGAUUGAUCCUUUCAAAGAUACCAUACCAUGAGGAUGAUUGAGUUGGGUAAUACCUAGGUCCAGGAAGUGUUUGAAGACCAGCAGAGCCUGAACAUAGCCGUUGUGCUUAUAUAUUAUAUCUCCUUAGAUCCUGCAGGUGAAAUUGCGCAGAAUGGAACAACUCCUUCAAAUGAAAAAUGUCCGAAUUGACGAUUUGACUCGGCGACUGCAAGAAGCUGAGAAAAGAUGAACGCGGGUCCUGCCAAGUGUUUUAUUUCUAUUGAAUUUUUUAAUUUUUUUAUCACAGAUAUACACUAAAAUCAGUACUAUAAAUGGCAGAAUCCCUGUCAUACUAUAAAUAUAUCCGUACGGACAGAGAAAGUCUUCUGCUCGGGGAAACAAAAUCUUCCUAAAAUGAAUAAACAACAAUUGAGCAAUUUCAAUGAUUUUGUGUUAAUAUUGAAGGGACGCUCCUAGCAGGAGAUAACCCUCAUUUUAUUGUAUUAUAUGGAUAACGCAUUACAAAUAUACAAGACUAAAUGAAAGUACAACAAAUAAGAAACUCACCUGUAAGUUCUUGCAUCUGAUAGAUUUGUAAAUGGUUUGCAUUCUCCUGUACAGAGAUUUUCCCACAUUGGAAGUCGCUGAACCCUUUCAGACAGUCUCAGGGCCCCAAUUAUUUUAUCUAAGCCCGCUGAGCAUUUCUCACAAGUCAGUCACUGCCCAGCAAUAUUGCACUAAAGGGAACCAUCAAACUAAGGUAACAAUUGGACUUUUUCUUCAAAGGGGCACUUUAAGGACCAUAAGCACUGUAACCUGCGAUUGGCUAGUACUCACAGGUUCCCCGGCUUCUGGUCUUCACAAAGUGGUUGAAACAGAAGUUCUUAUUCUGCUUCUAGUCAGUGUUAAUUUGUGCAACUUUCCACAUCAUUCAUUGGCAGCAAGUAUCAUCUGACACUCUCAGCCAAGAACUUCGGUAAGUUUAGCAAUACAUGAUUGCUCUCGGUGGAGCCCAAGUAACUGGCAAACUGUCCACAGAUAGUUUGACCCUAUACUGAGAGAUGGUGCCAGGAGAUUCCAGCAGGCCUUAGUGCUUACAAUGCUGUUCCAGUAGAUUUGCCAUUUUUCGCAAUGCUCUAUCUCUCCAUACUAAAUGGCAAUGUAUUUUCCUGAACGCCUUCAUCAAGUGUGAAUUACCAUGUAAUCAUUCUAAUUAGUCUGGGGUUUAUAUCAUCUUCUUGUUUAUAGUACUAAUAUCAGACGGAAUAAGCCAGUUUCUCAGAUCACAAUUAUCCAAUAAAGAUACAAUAAUCCAUUAAAAAAAUAAAUCUUUAUGCAUUACAGAGAUCCAUAAUUUGAAAACAUUGUAUUAAAAAAAUCAAUAGUUCACGAUCUACC